GCCAAUCACCGCUUGAGGCUCUCCCUCACGUCCUCGCCGCCGGAAGGAGCGUCGCCCCGAGCAACCAGCACGGCCGGUUUUCGAUUGUGGCGGCGGGAAGCCAUGAGUAAAGGCCGAGCCGAGGCGGCGGCGGGAGCCCCCGCCAUCCUCCUGAAGUACCUGCAGGAGCAGAACCGGCCCUACAGCGCCCAGGAUGUGUUCGGGAACCUGCAACGGGAACAUGGACUGGGCAAGACGGCGGUAGUGAAGGCGCUGGAGCAGCUGGCCCAGCAAGGCAAGAUCAAAGAAAAGGUGUACGGCAAGCAGAAGAUCUAUUUCGCUGAUCAGGCCCAGUUUGAUGCAGUGAGCGACGCUGACCUCCAAGGCCUGGAUGCCCAGAUCGUGGCCCUGACCACCAAGGUGCAGAGCUUGCAGCAGAGCUGCCGCCACAUGGAGGCUGAGCUGAAGGACCUGACGAGUGCCCUGACCACUCCGGAGAUGCAGAAGGAGAUCCAGGAGUUGAGGAAGGAAUGUGCGGGUUACAGGGACAGACUUGAGAACAUCCGAGCGGCCACCAACCACGUGACUCCUCAGGAGAAGGAGCAGGUGUACAGGGAGAGAGAGAAGUACUGCAAGGAGUGGAGGAAGCGGAAGAGGAUGGCCACGGAGCUGUCUGAUGCAAUCCUCGAAGGAUACCCCAAGAGCAAGAAGCACUUCUUUGAGGAAGUUGGGAUAGAGACAGACGAAGAUCAUAAUGUCAAGCUCCCAGACCCCUGAGGGUCUUCUCACAGGCUUGAUGGAGAGGAGCGUGGGCCAUGCUGGACGGGCCACCUCAUCAGCGCGGCCCUGUUGCUGUAGCUGUUCCUGCUGCUUCCUCCUGUGAGCUGAGUGGUGGGAAGGCACAGACCAUGUGUCAGGUGGACAGGGAUGGGCUGAGGGUGGAAGUCAUACCCACUGUCCACACUGCAGUGACAAGCUUGACACAUAAGGUGCAACCAUGCUAAAGGAAAGCAUUUGGCAGUAUUUAUUGUAAUAUAAUCUGUUAUAAAAAUA